UCCAGCUCUGGCAAAGGUUGGUCCACGAGAGUUGCUGAAGUGCUACGGGCGCCGGCUCCACCUGGACCAGAGCGGAAAGGAAUAGGGACGGCGGAGAUGGAACGCUCCGUGGAAGGCUGCAUGGCGAGCGCACUGUUCGCGGGGUUCCGGGCCUUAGGGCUUUUUAGUAACGACAUCCCGCACGUGGUGCGGUUCAGCUCGCUGAAGCGCCGAUUCUACGUGACGACCUGCGUGGGCAAGAGCUUCCACACGUAUGACGUUCAGAAACUUAGUCUGGUUUCAGUAAGUAACUCUGUUCCACAGGAUAUCUGCUGUAUGGCAGCUGAUGGAAGACUAGUCUUUGCUGCUUAUGGGAAUAUUUUUUCUGCAUUUGCCCGUAAUAAAGAGAUAGUACAUACCUUUAAGGGUCAUAAGGCAGAUAUUCAUCUUUUGCAACCUUUUGGGGAUCACAUUAUCUCUGUUGAUGCUGACAGCGUUCUUAUUAUUUGGCACAUAUAUUCAGAAGAAGAGUACCUUCAGUUGACUUUUGAUAAAUCAGUUUUUAAAAUUUCUGCAAUUUUGCAUCCAAGUACCUACUUGAACAAAAUACUUCUGGGCAGUGAACAAGGAAGCCUGCAAUUGUGGAAUGUAAAAUCCAAUAAGCUUCUGUAUACAUUUCCAGGAUGGAAAGUUGGAGUGACUGCUCUUCAGCAGGCACCAGCUGUGGAUGUUGUUGCUGUUGGUCUCAUGUCAGGUCAGGUUAUUAUUCACAAUAUUAAGUUUGAUGAAACAUUAAUGAAGUUUCGUCAAGACUGGGGACCCAUUACUUCAAUUUCAUUUCGCACAGAUGGUCAUCCAAUAAUGGCAGCUGGAAGCCCCUGUGGCCAUAUUGGACUUUGGGACCUAGAAGAUAAAAAAUUAAUCAGUCAAAUGAGAAAUGCACAAUCUACAGCAAUUGCCGGACUGACAUUUCUCCAUAGAGAGCCUCUUCUUGUCACAAAUGGUGCUGAUAAUGCUCUCAGGAUAUGGAUAUUUGAUGGUCCCACAGGUGAAGGCCGACUUUUGAGAUUCAGAAUGGGACAUAGUGCUCCUCUUACCAGGAUCAGAUACUAUGGACAAAAUGGACAACAAAUUCUAAGUGCAAGUCAAGAUGGAACUCUUCAAUCAUUUUCCACAAUACAUGAAAAAUUCAACAAGAGCUUGGGACAUGGUUUAAUUAACAAAAAGAGAGUCAAACGUAAAGGACUUCAGAAUACCAUGUCAGUAAGACUUCCACCUAUCACAAAGUUUGCAGCUGAGGAAGCUCGUGAGAGUGACUGGGAUGGUAUCAUUGCUUGCCAUCAAGGUAAGCUAUCUUGCUCAACCUGGAAUUAUCAAAGAUCUACAAUAGGUGCUUACUUUCUAAAACCAAAAGAAUUGAAGACAGAUGACAUCACUGCAACAGCAGUGGAUAUAACUUCUUGUGGAAACUUUGCCAUAAUUGGUCUCUCAUCAGGAACUGUAGAUGUAUAUAAUAUGCAGUCUGGUAUUCAUCGGGGAAGUUUUGGCAAGGAUCAAGCUCAUAAGGGAUCUAUUAGAGGUGUUGCAGUGGAUGGAUUAAAUCAGUUGAUAAUUACAGCUGGUAGUGAAGGAUUGCUCAAAUUCUGGAACUUUAAAAACAAAAGUUUAAUCCAUUCUAUGAGCCUUGAUUCAUCUCCAAAUAUGAUGCUGCUACAUAGGGACAGUGGCAUUCUGGGACUUGCCUUGGAUGACUUCUCCAUUAGUGUUCUGGACAUAGAAACUAGGAAGAUUGUGAGAGAGUUUUCUGGACACCAAGGCCAAAUAAAUGACAUGGCUUUCAGUCCUGAUGGUCGUUGGUUAAUAAGUGCUGCAAUGGAUUGCUCUAUUAGGACUUGGGACCUUCCAUCUGGUUGCCUCAUAGACUGCUUUUUGUUGGACUCAGCUCCUCUCAAUGUUACUAUGUCCCCUACUGGAGACUUUCUAGCCACUUCCCACGUGGACCACCUUGGAAUUUAUUUAUGGUCUAAUAUUUCCCUGUAUUCAGUUGUCUCAUUACGGCCACUUCCUACAGAUUAUGUUCCUUCAGUAGUAAUGCUUCCUGGUACUUGUCAAACCCAAGAUAUAGACAUACCAGAAGAAAAUGUAGAACCAAGUGAUGAAAUGAUAGAGUAUGAUUCACCAGAACAGUUGAAUGAGCAGUUGGUGACUCUCUCACUUCUCCCUGAAUCACGGUGGAAAAACCUUCUUAAUCUGGAUGUUAUUAAGAAAAAGAAUAAACCAAAGGAACCACCCAAAGUACCCAAAUCAGCACCAUUUUUUAUUCCAACAGUCCCUGGCCUUGUACCCAGAUAUGCUACAUCUGAACAAAAUAAUGAUCCCCAGCAGUCUAAAGUGGUAAAUCUUGGAAUUUUGGCUCAAAAAUCAGAUUUCUGCUUGAAACUUGAAGAAGGACUGAUAAAUAAUAAGUAUGAAGCCCCCCUCAAUCUUCUGAAAGAAAUGGGCCCAUCAGGAAUUGAAACAGAGCUACGGAAUUUGUCUCCUGACUGUGGUGGAUCUAUAGAAGUCAUGCAGAGUUUCUUGAAAAUGAUUGAGAUGAUGUUGGACAGAAAGCGUGAUUUUGAGUUAGCCCAGGCAUACCUUGCAUUGUUUCUAAAGUUACACCUUAAAAUACUUCCUUCAGAACCAGUACUCCUAGAAGAAAUGACAAAGUUGUCAUCACAAGUGGAAGAAAGCUGGAUUAAUUUACAAUCACUCUUCAAUCAAAGCAUGUGUGUUUUAAAUUAUAUCAAAAGUGCUUUGUUAUAAAAAAUAACCUUAAGUGAUUAAAGAAAGCAAAGACAUUUAUUAAAUGGGUUCAGUGUGAAAAAAGUACAGCACUAGAUGAAAAGUAAAUAAUUCCCUGCUUUAAAUGCUAAAUACUUUCUUGAAAUAAAAUUUCCCCUACUUUUGUUUUGAAAACCUUAAAAAUCUUGGAUACUUGUAUGACUUUUUGAAUAGUCAUUAGCAGCUUAUGCUUUUUGAACAUUUCAUAUAACAGGUAUUACAUGUUUAAUGUGAAAUAAAACAAAGAUGUCAAUUAUAAGGGAUCUAUAAUAUAGUUAUAAAAAUGCCCUUGUGAAGAAAAAAGGAAUGUUUCCUUCCUUGGAUUUUUAUGAAACCUGAAUCAUUGGCUCUUAUUGCUGAAGGCAUAUCAGACAUCUUCUAGUACAGCCUUCUUUAUGUGGUUAAAGAAGAAUGAGGGUGAGGUCUGCCGGGAUCUAAGUGAUGAAUCUGAGUUUCUCACACAGGCCUAGUGCUUUCUCCAUUGUCGCAUCAUGAAGGAACUUAUUCUUGGAUCAGAAAUAUCAUGGGCACUUGCCCAAAGCAAAUUGCUGUAGGAAAAGACUGGAUGGAUACCCAGAAUAGGAAAGGGAAAUUCCAAUUUCUAUCGAAGGUUGUCUGUCCUUCAGAGAUUUUCCUUCUUCAUGGAUGACUUGCUUUAUUGGGGAACUGACUACUUUUCUCUCUCAACUAUUGCAAAUCCUGGAAGAUCUGGCAGUUUUCUCCUUCCUCAUUAUCUUUUUCCUUUUUAUGUUUUAGUACUUGAGCCAUACAUGAGUUAAAAAUAAGCAACUCUUAAAAGCAUAGUGUUCUAAAAAAUUACUUUUAAUUUAUAUACUCAAGUAGAUCAUUCCUGAAAUGCAGCUGGUUAGAUUUAGACACCAGUAACAUUCUUGUUAAAUAUUAGAGAGUUUUAUAGACUAAUCUCCCUGCAAAAAGUAGUCCUUAAAAGAAGUUGUCUAAGAAGGAAUUUAAUGUUAAAGUGUUUUUAUUUAAUAAUGUAGAAUUAGUAUACUAGGGAAGUAAGCUGAUUGGUUUGUGUUAAGUUUUGGUUAUCUUUUCAUAUGCAUAUCAGUUUAUUAAAGCCACUAACUGAAAUAUUAGUGGCAAUUUAAGUUAUCUUUAAAAACUGUCCUGAAUAUGAUUCCCUCUGUCCUAAAUAUGAUUAUUCUAGACAUGGCAGAAAUCCAAUAUACAAUCAUAUAACUUGUAAAGAAUGUAAAUAGCUAAAACAAAUGGUAAUAACGAUCAACAGAAAUCCUGUUUUAUACAUCAUGAACUGAAUUUUUUUAUAUUUUCAAAUGAGAGUACUGAGUUGAAUGUGUUAUUUUUAUUGGAGAUACCCACAUUACUUUGGCAGAUAACCUUCUAGAAUCUUUCCUAUGCAUUUGCCAUCAAAGAAAGGAGGGGAAGAGAAAUACAAAGUAUAAUUUGGUGUGUAUUUAAAAAAAAAAAACUCAGUCUGUGUAUAUUGCUUUAUCUUUAAAUUUUAAAUUAGACAUAAUAAAUGACUUUUACUUUUAAAAAUAUCAUGCACAUCUUUUUUGACAACUCUUCAAUCUCCACAUGUCACCACAGGAAAUAAAUGUCUUACUUUUGUUUUUUUACAUGAAGAUCAUUAUAUCAUUCUGCAACUUGCUUUUAAAACUUGUUUGUUUUUUUUUUAUUUUAGUACAUUCUCAUUUAACUAAUAUCUUUAUUUUGCAUCAUGUCCCACAAUCUGUUCAGGCUAAAAUGGACACUUAGGUAAUCCUCCUUCCUAAUUCUAAACAGAGUUGAAGUGAACAUCAUUUUAUGAGUCUUUAUGUGAAUAUAAGAAUUUCUCUGUAGUAAUAAUUGCUUAGAAUUUGAAUUGCUGGGCCAAAGGAUAAGCAUUUUUAAUUUAAAGAGAUACUUCCAUCCAGUUGGUUUCCAAAAUGACUAUCUUGUUUACAGUUCCCCUCAGCUAAGAAUGAGCAGCUAUUUCCUCUUGUCAUGGAACUCUUAAAUCCUUAUAAUUUUAUUAACCUAAUGAAUGCAAAAACUUUUAAUUCAGAAAUUUCUCACUGGUAAGGAUUAGCAUCUUUCUUUUCAUAUUUUAGACCAUAUUUUUGUGUUAUCUUUUCUGCUCAUUUUUUUUAAUUGAAUGAUCUGUCUUUUUAUCUCAUGGAUUUGGUUAAGUUUUUAUAAAAUGUACAUAUUAAUCUAUAUCUGUUGCCAGUGGUCUUUCCCAGCUGACUGAUUGUCUUUGACCUUUCUUAGGAUUUCCUUUUCUUAUAAAGGUUUCAUGUUUUUAUAUAGCCAAAUUGAUAGAUUUUGUCUUAUUCUAAGACACAAAGCAAAUACUGUGUUCUAAGAUAUUAAUGUUUUUUUAUAUUUGUUCAUUUUGCAGUUAUGUGUAUUUUCUUCUGCAGUGUGCACCUGUGUGAGUUGUUAAUGUCUAGAUACUUACCUGUAUUGGUUUGUGUGACCAAAGUAAGGUAUAGAUAUGCCUUAAUUCAAAUGUAUUCAAAAUAAAAUUAUUGAAAAUUAAUUCUGUUGUCUCUGAUUUGAAAUUCUGCUUCAUUAAAUGUACUAAAAUCUCUUACUGAGUUAUUUUAUAGUUUUAAUAAAUAAUACA